CAACUGAAAGGCAUUGUCACGAGACUCUACAACCGGCAUGGCUUCUACCUCCAGAUGCUUCCGGAUGGCACCAUGGACGGCACAAAGGACGAAAGCAGCUCCUUCUUGCAGUUCAACUUGAUUCCUGUGGGCCUGAGGAUAGUAGCCAUCCAGAGCACUAAGACAGGGCUCUACAUUGGCAUGAACAGCGAUGGAUACCUCUACACUUCGGAACACUUCACCCCAGAGUGCAAGUUCAAAGAGAGUGUGUUUGAGAACUACUAUGUGACGUACUCGUCCAUCCUGUACCGGCAGACCCAGUCGGGCAGGGCCUGGUACAUCGGCAUCAACCGGGACGGGCAGGUCAUGAAGGGCAACAGGGUCAAGAAGACCAAGGGGGCCGCCCACUUUCUGCCCAAACUCAUCGAAGUGGCUAUGUACAGGGAGCCGUCGCUACAUGAAGUGGUGGUGGUCGCCGAGCUGAGUUCGCCCAGGAAAAUGGCCAAGGCCUCCGAUUCACCUGUGCUGCAGAACGGCAAAAAAGACCCGCCCUCAAAAACCAAAACCUCCUAGCGCACAGAGAACACAGGGGCGGUCAUACAGGCACUGGGCACUGGCAUGGGCACCUAAAGGAACUACAGGGAUGAUAUAUAGAAGCAAUGGAGCUACUUUAUGGUAGCAUUAGAAGAACUCUAUCUCCCAUAAUGCAAUAGUGAAGGGUUGGGGAAAUAAAUGCCAAUGGAACCCUUCUUUAAAGACAUGGUGUCCCCCCACCCACUGCAGCCCCCUCCCCUUCUCUUACCCAACACCGCCCCUGUAUGAGUCUGAAAUUUCAGAGCAAUAAAACUUGAGGAAUGAGGCUGGGUGCGUCGUAGCAUGCACUGGUCACGUCACAACUAUAUACACAUCCACUACGGGAAAUUCCCGGAAAGAAGACCGACACCUGUCAUCAGCAUCGUCUGUUUUUAAUCUACAUCACUUCACAACGAACAAUGUCUUCCUGUUUUUAUUACACAGGGUUGUCACGGUUAAAUGUUUCCCCCCUGCCCCACUGAGCAGCAGGGGGGUCCUAUUGUUCUACAUACCCAAAGCUUCCAUCCAUACUAAUGUAAGGUUGAUCCAGGAUGCGUCUGCACCCUAUUUUCAAUAUAGUGCACUACUUUGUGUGGGUUGUGGUCAAAAGUCGUGCACUACAAAGGGAAUAGGGUGCCAUUUUGGAUGCAAGCCCAAAACAUCCUUUUGUUCUUAGUUAUCGGUUAGCAGAUCUUCUCUGUCCGUCAGCACCUUUGUGACCAUAGCUAUGUAUCUCCUCCAUACUUUUUCUUUUUUUUUUCCCUCGUUAACCUCAGUUUUCCACUCGGCAGCACAAGAAAAAAACUCCUUGUUCCUCUCUAGGGUUGUUUAACAGCAGCUUCCACUGAUCAAAAUCUCCCCAACUCUUGAAAGAGAGAGAGAAACCUCCCUGCUGCACUGAACUAGACACACACGAUUGUGUUCACACGCACACACACACCGGCUGGGCAGCAGAGGGAGAGGGUGAUUGUGUGCGGGUCAGAGGUUGAAGAAGGAUGACGAUAUAAUCAGUGAGAUGGUGUAGAUGUUCUCCGGGAGUCUAUUUGUCCAUGAGGGUUAUUAUUAAACUGACUGCUUUACCCUCUCUGUGCCCAGCCAUGCGUUACACCAUCCUAUAACCACACUAGAUCAUUUCUCUAGCUCAUGCCCCUAACAUGCUGACCACACCGCCCGCGUCGCGUGCGCGAGCAUUGCAAAACAAAUGUACACAUACAUGUUAUUCAAUCAUUGCACCCACACUGCUAGCCAGGCGCUAGAAUAGAACUUGGUUCUAUUUGUGACGCUUGAUGCGCUACAAGUCUCGCCUCUCCUAUCUCCUAUUGGUUUUUAGGAGCAUAUUCCCAGGUGGGCGAUUGAAAAAUGGACUGAGAGCCACACUCCAGUCCUGUUGGACCUUGUGCAUUUCAGGUAAAAUAACAACCCAAUGUUUAUAUCCCAAGACAAAUUAACUAGCAACAGCAAGCUAGCUAGCUAAAUUGCCAUAAAUGUUUAAUGCUUUUCGACCUUUCCCCAAAUUAAUAUAAUUGGUUCAGAGUUCGUUUUGAUAUUUUAACCUGGGUGUCCUGAUCGCGUCUGGUGUUCGCGUCUGGUGUGGGUGGACAAGAUCAACAUGCGCGCGAAUGGUCUGGUCAGCAGGUAAGCCAGGGAGAUACAGCACACACGCCCACUGUGGGGUUUAUUUUCUGGUUGGGUAUGUGAUACUGCAGGACAGUUGUGGUUCUUUUCAGAGGGCUGCAACCUCCUAGCCUGGGUGCCAGUCAGUUUCCACUGUCAAAAUCCUUAUGGGAUUGUCAUAGCAAACAGACUGGCACCCGAGCUAACGACCUCCUAAUUCCACGUUGAUUUCUUCUUCUUAAUCUCUACUUUAUAUGUAAUAAGCAACUAGUAUGCACUGAACCUCUCCAACACUGGGUCAAGUGUGUUAGUUAUUAUGCAAAGGAAACAAGCCUUCUUUAAAAACGCGCAUCUCGCCAUCAUGUCUCAUAGGGGGCGUCCAAAAUGGCACCCUAUCCCUAUAUAGUGCACCACUUUUGACCAGAGCCCUGGUCAAAAGUAGCUCUCUACAGGGGAAAGGAACCAUAGACUAUUAUCAACCUGUAACUUGUGCUGUCAAUGUCACACCCCAUGCUGCACAAGAAGGAUGUUGCUAAUGGUAAAGACCGGAUGCUAAAGGCACAGACAUAAUACAAAGAGGGCGAUGGCUUAGUAAUAAGGAUGAGAAAGCAAAGCUAGAAGAAGCUACAUGUGCUUCCUCCUCCAUUUAAAAAAAGAAGAUUAGCCAUGAACAAUCUUUCUGCCAGUCACUGACGUAAGUCUAUAAUUCUAUGAUGAGUGUUUUUUUGUUUGUUCAUGUUGACGUGUUUACUGGAGGGAUUUGAGCUCUGUAUGCAUCCCAUCCCAAAUGGCACCCUAGAGCCCUAUGGGGACUGGUCAAAAGUAGUGCACUAUGUAAGGAACAGGGUGCCAUUUGGGAAGUAUCCAGAGCUAGGGCAGAGUGGUAGAUAGGGAGGUCCUUAUUUUAGACUGAGCAUGCUUGUUUGGUCGAGCAAAAGGAGAGAAAGGAAGGAACGAAGGUUCAGAGAGAAUUAUGGGAAUUAUGAUGACUUCUCCCCGUGGCAGACCAGGUAAUCCCAAAUAAGGUGUUGACAACAGGCACACACACACAACGCACACACACACACACACAAACAACCUGCUGUGGAGAUUUGUAAGCUGUAUACACUGCACUGUUACAACCCUAUUGGACCAAUGUUGUACAGUCCACCUUCAUAAGCAGCAGAAGAUAGAGGCCUACAGGGUGUCUGUCUGUCUACGACUGUGGCUAAAACUUCCUUACCCCCCCCCCCCCCGGGUGCUGAGACAACAGGCUCACGUUAACACAGACACAUACAAAACACACAUUAACACACCACGCCUGAUCCCCUGAUUCCGCAAGCUAAUUUCCAAGCACGUCCUUCUGAAGAAAGGUUUUGAAAACAUGAGUCUCUGAGAAGAUUCCCAACUAAAGGGUGUGAGACUGUCAGGUGAGGGGGAGGAGGA